AUGAUCACACAUGUCUCGUUGGCCAAUUCGCCUCUUCGUUCCGUUUCGGACUGGGUCGCAGAGACUUCUGUUUCGCAGCCUGUGACAGAUCCUGGUAUUCCAGUAGUCCAUUAUGAUCUUUCCCAGCCACCGGUGACUUCUUCCGAGCUCAAGUUUGACUUCUACUCUGAGGACAGAUCGGAUCGCUCGACUUCCGACCAAUACUUUGGACCGACUGCAUUAUCACCAGACAUCUGUAUUCAAUCAUCCUUGCAGUAUUGUCCGACUCAGGAUGAUUCGGCAUUCGGAAUUACGCUCGGGACUCGACUUUUUCGCGAGGUGCAAGGUGUGUCUGUAAACGAGAUAGCUGAGAACCUGGAAGACAGUUGUCAAAACAAACAGCUACUGAUUGAGGAUGGUGAACCUCGAAGCAAGGAGCCUUCUGGAAGGUUAGACGCCUUAUCUAUAUGUAUAAUUACUUUUUAA